AUGGAGGGACUGGGAAUGGCUUACACGCGAGCGAAGGUCGUCGAGGAGAUCAGCGCGACGGCUGACCGUGUCUUCGGCGAGAUCGGGGCCUUCAACAAUCUGCCCGUGAUCAUGGCCGGCACCAUCACGAGGAGCACGCUCGACAAGAAGGGCGUGGUGCGGACGCUCAGGAUCAAGGGGAUGAAGGGCUCGCUCGACGAGACCCUGCUGAAGUACGACACGGCGGCGCGCGUGCAGAUCUAUACGAUCACCGCCGACCCGAACGACUUGGCGCCCUUCAACGAUUACACCUCCACGGUCAAGGUGAAGCCGAUCACGUCGCGGCGCAGUGCGGUUGAAUGGACCAGCCGCUUCGUGCCGAAGAAGGGCAAGACCAAGGCGGAAUGCAUCGAGUUCGCCGAAGGCAUCUACCGCCUUGGAAUCCAGGGCACCAGGGACGUGCUCGGGGUCAAGAAAUAG